GUUGGACUGAUGCUGUCCACAACGCACUUUCGGCCGGCUGUGCAUCGCGGUAGCGACUAAAUUUUCCACCUGAGGCGGGCGCAAAAUGUGACUGGUGUCGACCCUGCGACGUGAACUCUAACAAUGCAAGAAGCAGAACUCGACUCAACCUAAUAUUCAUUCGCGCGCGAUUUGCUUACCAUCACUCAUUUAAUGAGAACAGGCAUCCAGCGGUCAGAUUUAAAACCAGGAUACCUACGACGGCCUGUCCACACCUCGCUUGAGGAGCGCACUACCAGGAAUGCCUAUCACGCCCGCGCAAGAUUCACUUGCUACCACCAGACAUGGCUACUGCUGCAGUACUAAGUCUCUUGGACGAACACACCCGACAAGUAGCUUUUGAUGGCAGCCUGGCGAAAGUAAAAGCUGCAUCGGGAAUCGACAUCGGCGCACUCGAUAUCUGCGUGCGACUCUUGCCCAGCGAAAUCGCCGAUGGAGAGACUGGAAGUACUCCGCAGCAUGAAGAACUAUGGAAUACCGUGCUGGGCCGUCUAGUCGAUCAAGGGUCACCGGAGAGCCUCUACGAGAUUGCUGAGAUAUGCUUCACCCACGGCUCGCAUGCCGCAUCUCUUCUCAACUCCAAACUCAAGCAAAGCCUUUUCACCCUAGCCACGAAUCUAUCAGCUGGACAAACACAUGUGGAAAGCAUCGAAACAGCAAGAGCUUAUCUCGAAUUCCUAAAAUGCUCCUUUUGGAUACCUGCCGCGUCUUCAUACAUGGUCGACUCGCAAUCUCUCACUCUCCUUUCGAGCUUCAUCGGCAUCGAAGGGCUAGAUGAUACUGCACACGAUACUUUAUCUGCUUUCUUUUCAUUGCUGAAGAGCAAAAGAGAAAGGUCGCCCACCGAUCUUGGCGCAGUCAUUGAUCAGUCAAUAUGGAACAGACUCAAUGCACUCGACAUGGCAUGUUUCGCUGCUCGAUCUAGCAAGAUCUACAGGAGUUGGUUCCAAUGGAUAUCGCUUGCCGCUUCCGCUGGGAUCAAGUUUACAUGUGUGAGCACCGAAGAAUACUGGAGAAAGCUUAGACUGGGUCUUGUGAAAGGCCAUGCAGAUCAACGCAAAUACUGCCUUGGGAUCAUCCGCCAAUCUUUCUUUGCCACUUCUGAAGAUAUCGACACACCUACCAUGCGAUACGAGGCCAGUGGCAAAGAACGGGAGCAGUAUGACCUUUAUACGACCCUAUUUGAGACCAUCGUGCUUCAUCGGUAUUCUGGCCAGGUCGAAGAUUGCCUGAAGUCCAUGACGACGCUUCUUGGGUCUUCUUCGGCAAUAAAUCCUUCUAGAAUCACUCCCGCGAUGACAACGACUCUACUUACCGCAGCCUUGAACCCAUUGAUACAGGAGAGCGUUAGGAAGAUGAUCGGCCGCUGGUACAUGGACUUUGUUAUCGAACGCCGGGGUGACUUGAGUGGCCACAUAAACUUCCUAUUCGACGGUUUCCUCCCUUGGGCGACGGAUGGUAGUCUUUUCACAUCGACUCUCACUGCCACACGAUCAUCAACGACGUGCGCUCACGGUGACGCACUCGCUACAGUCAUCUCGCGCUUUGUAUCCGAUACAGAAGACAGUCCAUCAUUCGUACCUUCAGUUGACUAUGCCGUCUCAGAAGUUGGAGUGGACAACCGCAAUGGCCGUGCAAUCAUUCUUGGGAUCGUUCGUUACCUCGUAAACGCCGGCGGGAGGAUGUUUCAACCAGCGAUACUGUACCUGAUGCAUGGCCUCAUCGAAGGCCUGAAGACGCGAUACGAAAGAAGCCCACAGCAUCACAAGCUGGAAAUAUCGGAAAUUACCGAGAUUAUCAGCUUGUCACGCUUGCCUGGGAUGCCUGAGGUAGCAAGUGACUUGCACAGCAUUCACUGCCAAAAGCUGUGCGAUCUUCUCGAUCCUGAUCUCGAGUCGAAAGGUGUAGCUACUAGCGAAGUCCUGCGGGCUAAAUGCCGAAAACUGGAAGAUCCAGUGGAUCAGUCUGCGCUCCAAGCAACCUUUGGCACAAGAGAUGGCGGGCUACCUACUAUGCAGUCUUUCAUCAACGACCUCCGCGACUCAAAACAUAGCUGCAUACAAGGCUCAGCCUUUGUGCCAGCGUGCAAGAGCGUGCUGGAGCUCCUCGACCGCACUGAGCUAGCCAAGAUCGACGCGAACGAGCUGCACACCGUGUUGGCAGCUCUAUGGGAAGAGGCUGAGAUUCGCGACUUCAUCAGACCGUUUGCUGUACACCUACCUGCUCUACUAUUCCAUCCGACAUGCAUAGAAGUCUGUGUUAGACACUGGCGGGAGAAAAUUCCCUCAGAUUCAGACAUCCAUCUCCUGCUCUCAAAAGCCAUGAGACGACUCAUGAAGCUAUCCAAGGGACGUUCCUACAUUCUUGCAAUACUUGCUCGCUCGUUACGCAAAGCUGCAUUUGCAGACCCAUUUGCAAUCAAAGUUCUCCCCUUCGGAGAGUACAUUGUUGAUUUUGUCAACGAUCCAGCAUCAAUCAGAUCAGAAUUUUUGUUUGAGGUUGCCGCUGCCGACAAGCUUCAACAAUACUUACCGCAUCGAACAUAUACAUCGUACUACGGUAUGCGAGAAUGGCACGCAUACGCAGCGGUCAUAGACCUUCUGCAUCGUAUACCGAAUGACCCGGGUUGCUCAAAUCCAGAUACUGCUCAGAUUAUACUGGAUGAGUUGAUGUAUUCCUGGGGGGAUCAGAAACCACCGGUCGCAGUCAAAUGUCCAUGGAAGAACACUCUUCAACUGCAGGCAAUAUUGUUGAUGAGUCAUUACUGUGCGGAGGACAUACUUGUGGAGCAUUAUCUCGACCCUCUCACUCGUGCCUUAGUGCUAGAGUCAUGGCCACGAUACCGCUAUCUACUCGAAUGGGCCAUCGCCCGCAUCUACCGCCAGUACCCGGAAUAUUCCCCACGUAUCUUAAAAGAGCUAGGAAAUCUGGAAGAAUACAGCCCUAUCCAUAUCGCGAGUUUGAUGAAGAUUGGUCUUUUAGUCGCGCCAUACGAAACUCAAGAGUUUGCCGUAGAGUUCAUUACACACCUGAACUCCUACUCCGCCAGUCCCAAGGUCCAGAUCCGCCACGAAGCAAAUUUCGCGUUUCCCAUCGUAUUCGACGUAGCUGUCGAGAAGGGCUGGAAGGGAAUCACCGAGAAUCCUGCAUUCGCAGGUAUGAACGCAUUCAUCCGCCGACUGGACAAGUUCAACGCUUCUCCAUGGACGAUAAGAACACUGAAAGUGGACAUCCAACAAGAUUUCACCCUUACAGGCAUAUUCCAAGGCCGAUAUCUGUCGAUCGAGACGCCGGAACCAGAGGUCGUCACUCACGAAGACUUCGAGGCUCUCGAACGCGAUGAUCAGUCAAGUCAUCUAAAUCCGCCACCUGCACGCAUAGCACUCGGUAAAGAGACCAAACCCAGCUUUGACGUCGUUGUACCAGCUACAACCACCCCAGUCCCUGCCACCGCAGAGCCAACCGGCCAAAUCACCCUCCAAACCAAAGCCGGCAUUGACCUCGACAACCUCCACCCACCCGGCGGCCCACCCAGCAUGCAAAACGCACGCCCCGCAUCUGUCAUGCUUGUUGCAUCUCUUAUCGACAAUCCCACUAACCUGGGCGGUCUCUCCCGUAUAUCUGAAUCUUUCGGUCUCGAAGCUCUCUACAUCGACGACCUUAAGAAGGUCGCGCACAAAGACUUUAAGGCUACCAGUGUGCGAUCGGAGAAGCAUCUUGCUAUCAAUGAGUUGAAAGAAGUUGGUGUGCCGGCGUUCUUGCUUGAUGCAAAAAGUAAAGGGUAUGAGGUUGUUGGUAUUGAGCAGACAGAUCGGAGUGGCAUAUUGGGGAGCGAGCAUAGUAAGAAUGAUGUCGUGAAUCGAGAGACGAUUGAAACGGAGGUCAGAAGCCAGGAUAUUGGUACGCUACCCAAGAAGUGCUGUCUUGUGCUAGGUAGUGAGAAGGAAGGUAUUUCCGCGGAGGUGCUGGCUGUCAUUGAUCGCAAUGUCGAGAUCAAGACCGUAGGAGUUACCAGGAGUUUGAAUGUGCAAACCGCAGGUGGCAUCGCACUCUACGAGUGGUGGAGAGAAUGGGGCGGCAGCAAAGCUUAAACCACAACAGAAAAUAUCAUCGUUACUUGCUGAAUGG